CAGCGGCAGCGGCAGCAGCGGGCGGUUGCCCCUCAGCGGCUCCGGGGCCUUCUCCGACCUCACCGAGGACCUGCUGGACUGCGGGCCCGAAGCCUUCCUCAGGGAGCUGGAGGAGCUCCGGUCCGAGAACGAUUAUCUCAAGGAUGAGAUGGAGGAGCUGCGUGCGGAGAUGCUGGAGCUGCGGGAUGUUUACAUGGAGGAGGACGUGUACCAGCUGCAGGAGCUGCGGCAGCAGCUGGACCAGGCCGGGAAGACGUGCCGCAUCCUGCAGUAUCGCCUGCGCAAGGCCGAGCGGCGCAGCCUGCGGGCCGCCCAGACCGGCCACGUGGACGGGGAGCUCAUCCACAGCCUCGAGCAGGACGUCAAGGUGUCCAAGGACAUCUCCGUGCGACUCCACCACGAACUGGAGGCCGUGGAGAAGCAGCGGGCCAAGCUGGAGGAGGAGAACGAGGCCCUGCACCAGAGACUCGUCGAGACCCAGUUGGCCAAACAAGUGCUCCACAACGAACUGGAGAAACUGCGAGAGCUCUCACUGAAGAAACGAGGCACGCGUUCUCUGGGGAAGGCCGAGAAGAAGUCGUCGAUCCAGGAGGACAGCGCGGACCUGCGUUGCCAGCUGCACUUCGCCAAGGAGGAGUCGGCCCUGAUGUGCCGCAAGGUGACCACCCUGGCCCGGGAGAACGACAGCAUGCGCGAGGAGCUGCUGCAGUACCGCUCGCUGCACGGGGAGCUGGCCGGCCCCCUGACGGCCCGGGAGCUGGCCGAGGCCCCCCACGCCCGGGCCGCCGAGCUCAAGGCCCACCUGCAGCUGGUGGAGGAGGAGGCCACGCGGCUCAGCCGACGCGUGGUGGAGCUGGAGGUGGAGACCCGCGGGCUCCGGGCCGAGGCGGACGAGCUGCGGGCCGGCCGCGGGGACGAGGACCGCGACGGCGGGGGCGAGCCCGGGGGCCCGGCGGCCGGGGGGGAGUCGGGCGAGAGCGCGGCCGAGCUGAGGCGUCACCUGCAGUUCGUCGAGGAGGAGGCCGGCCUCCUGCGCCGCUCCCUGGCCGAGCUGGAGGGCCAGAACCAGGGCCUCGCCCGCGAGCUGGGCCGCUACCGGGCCGAGCGCCGGCCGGGGGACGAGGGGCCCCCGGGGGCCGAGGCCUGGCGGGAGGAGCUGGCCGCCGCCCGGGCGCAGGUGAGCGAGCUGAGCGGCAAGGUGAAGAAGCUGCAGUACGAGAACCGCGUGCUGCUCUCCAACCUGCAGCGCUGCGACCUGGCCUCCGGCUGCCCGGCCGCCCGCCCCGCCCUGGAGACCGACGCCGAGGCCGGGGACUCGGCCCAGUGCGUGCCCGCCCCGCCUUGGGCCCCGGGGCCCGGCGGGGACGGCGCCGCGGACCCCCGCCUCGCCCGGCUCCUGAAGGCCCGGGGGCUGGACGGGCUGCCCGGGGUCCGCGAGCAGGCCGCCUCGGUGGGCCGGGCCAUCGACGGGCUGAUGGCGGGCGCGGGCGAGCCGGACAACGGCGAGGCCCCCGGGGCCGGCGAGCCGGGCGGCGUCCCCCUGGGCCGGCUGGGUGCCCUGCGGCGGGAGCUGGACGCCCUCGUGCGCAGGGUGGACGGGCUCGCGGAUGACCUGAAGGAGCAGCUGGAGGAGCCCUUCUCCGACGGGGCGCCGGGCGAGGACCCUCCGGGCAACGGCUUUCAGCCGCCAGAGACCAGGUCUCCCCCGGCCUGGGGUCCGACCGGUUCCCGGAGUAGGGAGGGCUCCCACGGCUCCAGCGACGCGGACCCCAGGGCCGAACUCGCCCACGGGUGCAGGACUUGCCGAGCCGAGGAUGGAGACAACUACGCCACCGAGAUCAGAGAGCUGCAGUUGGUGCUUUCGGAGGCCCACGAGAGCCUGCGGGGCCUCCAGGCCCAGCUCUCCCAGGAGCGCCAGCUGCGCAAGGAGGAGGCCGAACACUUCAACCAGAAAAUCCUCCAGCUGAAGGCUGAACGUCACAAGGCGGCCCUGCGGCGGGAGUUUGAGGAGCAGAGCCUAAGCCUGCAGCGGCGGCUGGAGCAGAAGUUCUGGAGCCAGGCCGAGAACCUACUGGCCGCCCACGAGACCCAGCAGUUCCGGCACGGCCUCCUCCUGCUCGCCCUCAAGCUCAAGGCCUUCCUCAAGCGCUGGAGGCAGGGCGAUGCCCUGCACGGAGACGGAGACCCGGACGAUUUGCUGGAGGUGAGCAGCGUGAAGGAGCUCUACCUGCUGCUUGAAGAGGAGGAGAGGAGCCCUCAGCUCACGGACUGCGUGGGCAACGCCUGGACCCUGAAUUCCCCCAACGAGUGCGCCCAGACCCUGGCCGACCUGAAAGGGGUCCUGCGGGAGCUGUGCGGGGAACUGGGGGAAGAGCGGCGGGCCGCCUCCGACCUCCGCCAACAGUUCGCCAAGGCCAAGUCCGCCUGGGAGACCGAGAGGACCGAGCUCAAGUGCCACGUGGCCCAGCUGGAGCCGAAGGCCGGGAAAGGGUCGGGGGAGCGGACCCCUCCUGCGGACUGGAAGGCGGCCCAGAAGCGGGAGCGGGAGGAGCACCAGCAGCUGCUGGCCGAGUCGUACGGCGCCGUGAUGGACCUGACCACGCGGCUGCAGCGAAGCGAGAAGAACCGCGCCCGCGACCAGGGCGACCUGCUGCGGCGUCUGCAGGAGGAGCGGGCCCGCGCGGACCAACGCCUCCGCGACCUGCAGGCUCAGCUCAGUCGGCUGCAGAAGGAGGCGGAUUCCUGGGCCCUGAAGCGGACGGAGACGGAGACGGAGAAGGAGAAGGACGGCGGCUGGAAGGAGACCCUCAGCGAGAAGGACCACGAUAAAGAGACGGACGCUGAAUUUCAGGGAACCAACUUGAAGAGGACCAAGUCCAUCUCUUCCGUGUCCGAGUUCGAGAGCCUGCUCGGCUGCUCGCCCUAUCUCCCCGGCCAGGGGGACCCCCCGGAGGAGCCGGGGCCGUGCCGGGGGGCCGGGGGCCGGGCCCCGGAGCGGCCCGUCCGGCGCAGCCACACGGCCCCCGACAAGACGGGCAUCCGCAUCUACUACAGCCCGCCGGUGGCGCGCCGGGUGGGCUCCUCCGCCGCCGCCGCCGCCCCUCCCGGGUCGCGCGACGACCGGGUCCUCGCCGAGCCGGGCUUCCUGUUCACCUCGGCCAGGCCCCGGGGGCCCGGGGAGGCCGACCCGCUGGCCGGCAGCGCCUACGGCCGCUGGCUCUGCGACUUCUCCCGGCAGCGGCAGCUGCAGCAGCAGCGGGAGGCGGCCCCGGCCCCGGCCCCGGCCCCGCUGGGCGAGCUGGACCUGGCCAGCAACCUGAGCGACGACAUGAAGGAGAUGACCAACUGCGUGCGGCAGGCCCUGCGGUCCGGCUCCCUGGAGCGGCCGGCCCGCAGCGUGGCCUGCCAGACGGCGGGCCGGGCCAGCGUGGCCACCCAGACGGCCCGCAUGGUCAGCGUGGGGCUGCAGACGGAGCCCCCCCGGGGGCCGCUGGCCGGGCGGGGCUGGGCCCCCCGGGGGGCCCCGCUGGGGCCCGGCCGCCCCAAGCCCGCCUCGCCGGCCCUGGACCGCGUCCACGCCCGCAUCGAGCGGCCCUGCUGCCCGCCCAAGGCGGGCUCGCCCCAGCUGCGGCGCCGCUCGGGGCCCAGGCUGGACGGGCCCCGGGAGCGCGGGGCCGCCUGGGUCCCCCCGCCGCCGGGCAAGCAGAAGGGCUCGGCCUGGGCCCGCUCCACCACCACGCGGGACAGCCCCGUCCUGAGCGGCGUCAACGACGGCCUGUCCAGCCUGUUCAACGUGGUGGAGCACGGCGGCGGGCCCGAGGCCGGCGGCAAGGCCGGGCCGGCCGACGCGAGGGGCCGCCCGGAGCCGCCCCGCUACGGCCUGGUGCAAGAGUUCUUCCGCAGCGUCUGCGGCCGCCCCCCGAGCCCCCCGCCCGCGGCCGAGCCCGCCCCGGACGCCGGGGUCCGGGCCCAGGCCAAGAAAGCGUCGAAGCCCGGCGGCGGGGAGGAGAGCGGGGCCGUCAGCCCGCCGUCCGGCGGGAGAGAGGGCUCCCCGCGGGACCCGGACACUCCCCCGGCCCUCGCCUCGGAGGACUCCGUGUGCGGCUGCGGGGCUCAACCGUCGGCCUCCUGCUUCUCCCGGGCCCCGCGGACCCCCGGCCGCCCCGCGCCCUCCCCGUGCCGGCUGCAUCCCCCCGACGCCGCCCGGACCACCGACGAGAGGCCCGGCCCCUGCUCUGAGUGACCCAGUCCCCGCCUCCGGACCUCAGGUUGGCCCCGCCGCCGGCGCGGGGGACUGGACCGGAUGCCCGCCCGCGGUCCUCGGAGUGACCGUCGCGCCUCGGGGUUCGGAUGCCGCCCCGGGCCUCGGAUGGGCACGUCCAUGGGCCUGGGGGCGAGGGGGGACUGUGCCAGGGAGGAUCGGGCAACGCGUCGAACGAGGGGCCCUGACCACCCGCCCCGCUUCCCCGGACCACCCGCCCCUGCCCUGACCCAAAGCAGGGCACCCCAACUCUGUCGGGCACCGUUCGGACAAGGGGGCCCCUUCCCCUGCCCUGGAUGCCCGGGGUCUCAGAGGCAGGGAACACCAGCGCGGUGCGGUGACCGCUACCAUCGGAAGACCCUGGGAAUGGCCGGACUGGGUCCUCCAUCCAGCUGGGGAGGCGGGACGGUCCUUCUCUCCGGUUCCCGGGAGGUGCCCGCCCUUCCUUGGUUUCUUCCCGGCGAGGAACGAUGGAAUUAUCGCUUCGGGUACGGCGGGACGGGGGUCCCAAGCAUCAUCAGCUGGACCCCGCCGUGGGGACCGGCGUUCACUGCCAGACACCAAGCAGCCUGAGGGGGCCGGUUUCCCACCCCUUUCCGGGGCGAGGACCCUUCAAGGUCUCCGACCUGGUAUUAAUAAUUUAACUCACCCGAGAUCCUUGGGGUUAUUUAUUUGGAGUGGAAAGGCAUUCCCGCAGUCAGAGCCGUGGAAACCUGGAGGGAGAGCGCUGCUUCGGUCAUUUGUUCGGUGUUAUUUAUUGGGCGCCCGCCGUGUGCAGAGCACUGGAUUGGGUACCCACUGGGGGCAGAGGUCCGUACUGGGCACUUUCUGUGUGCUGAGCUCUGUACCGAGCGCCCACUGUGCGCGGAGAUCUGGAGUAGGUGCCCACUGUGUGGAGAGAUCUGGAGUGGGUGCCCGCUGUGUGCAGAGAUUUGGACCGGGCGCCUAGUGUGUGCAGAGCACUGGUCCGGGUGUCAGUGUGUGCAGAACUCGGAGGCGGGCACGUGCUGUGUGCCGCGCUCUGCAUCAGGUGCCCGCUUUGGACGGGGCACCUGGGUAUGGAGACCGCUGGUCCCGGGCGGAUACAGCGAGAGUGAGAGAUGGUAGAUAUUCCCUGCCCACUCCCUCUGGUGCUGCCCGGGAAGGGUCUCAGUGUAACUGUGGACUCCCUUCCCUCCCCCCGGAAGCCUGGGGUCAGUCCAUCCAGUCCGUCGCCCCCAUCCCCGGACCCAGGGUGGUCCCUUGUCCACCGGUCUCGGCCUGGGGGCUCGGACGACCCCAGCGGGAGGGUCUAGGCCACAGCCGGCCGUCGACCCCCGGCCCCCGGGGCUGGCAGCUUUCGGGCCGCUGGUUUGGAGGUCCCUUCCGCGGCCCCUGCCUGUCCCGCCCACCCGUAGCCCCCGACCGACCGGCACCCCGACAGGUGCACGCACGCACCCCCUUGUCCUUUGGCAAACUCUCCCUCCUGUUCCCGACCCUCCCCAGAGUUCGGCUCCGCAGCCAGGGUUGGGGUUCAGGGUCCUCCCGCAACCGUGGAGACCAAGGCAUCGGAGCUUCAGGGAUGGGACGGGAGGAAGCAACAGCAGCAGCCCCCCGCCCUGGUCCCCUGCCCCCCGGGGGACCACCCAACCCGCCGCCCGGCAGCCAGUCCGGCCCCACCAGGGCUUCCCGUGGAGGGGAUUCGCCGUGUCCACGUAUUCUGGGGUUGCCGUUGGUGUCGUCUACGCAGUCCACCUGCGUGUGCUCGGCGAGCGGCCGGGGGCUGACGCAAAACCCCCGGCCAGGGUCAACCCGAGAGGGCUCAAGGCGGUUGGGCCGGAGCAGAUUCUGGUGGCCUCAGGACCCCCCACCUCCCCCCGACCCCAGCCUCAGACAAGGAGGGCAGACGGGAGCCUCCGGUUGGGUUUUCGGGUGGCCUUUCCCCGCCAGGACAUUCUGGGGGGGUCCCGUCCCCAAGCCACCGCCCCCCACCCUCCGAUCACCAGCGGCGGGAGGGCAGGGGGCUGCCCCUCAGGGAAUUCCCAUCCCGAGGCACCAGACCAGACCCUCCUUGGGGCUGGGGGGUCGUGGGUCCUCCCAUCUUGGGCAGCCCCGGGAGAGCCCCCCUCGCCCCCUCAAACACCAGCAAUUAGCCCCAGGGUCAUCCGCCUUGCGGCCCCUCCAUCCGACCACCCCGUGCAUCCCCUCACCUCCGCGGAGGGCUGAAAAGGGGCGGGAGAGGAAGGAGACCCCAUCAUCCCUCUCUUCCUCCUGUUCAUCCCCAGCCUCCCUUCUCUUUCAUCCCUCCCAACUCCUCCUCUUCCUCCUCCUUCUCUUCCUCUGCCCUCCUCUCUGUGUUCCUCCAGCCUGCCAGAGGACACCCCUCUGAGCCCAAAUGGUGCCCCCGAGGCCUCUGGGUCCAGUCUCCCGUGCCCCCCGCCCCCAGCUUGGGACUGCCACCCUACGCGUACCGCACCUGUGUACCCAUUCUUCCUCUAGGCCGCCAAAGGCCUGUACACUCACGCUCCUGGCCUCACUCUAUAGCCCGUGCACAUCAUGCACACGGGUUUAUCAUCUGUGUGCGCUCACCCGGUGUACACGGCGCCCAUUCCACACCCUUACUGUUCACCCCGUGUACCCAGCCGUGCCAGCUCCUCGCUUUAGUGUGCUCUCCCUGGGUACCUAGAGCCCACUCCCCGCUGCAGUACACUCGCCCCGUGUACAUGACGCCUACUCCUCACCCCGUGAACGCAACACAGCCCUUGCGUGCCCCAUUCUGCCCCUGCGCCCUCUAUUUUGUAUCAUUUUCAAGUAAGAAGGACAACGCUCCGCGUAAUCUUUGGGCACGCUCGACUGCCCGCGUUUUUUGGGUCAAAUGGAGGCACAAACUACUCGUCCCAGCAGCCACUGGGGUAGCGGCUGUGGGGGAGACGCCAGCCCCCGUCCCCCCCUGGCCUCCCGACAGCCCCCCUCCUCCGCCACGGCCCCAACACCCCCAGCGCCUCACCACACCCACCCUCAUCCCGCCCAAGGCCCCGAGUCGCAGACCUACCGUCAGUGUGCCUGAGCUGCCGACCGGGCCCUCCUCGGUUUCCCCGAUCUUCGGUGUCGUUUGCGUGUUACUGUAUUUAUUGGUUUAUUUAUUUGGAGAAUUUUGAAGCGCGGAGAAGCCCCUUCAGCCAGCUAAGCUGCCCAAGGCCCCAGCCCGGGCCUGUUGGGCCAGCCCGGGAUCGCCCAUCCUGGACGGAUUUCCGGGCCCAGGGAGGGGCACGGAAUGGCCAUUUGGACUUUUCUGGGGUCCCGGGGGACACCCACCCUCGCUCACUGCCCUCCAUUCAAUGCUGCUCCUCUUCCUCCUCCCCACGGAGUCUUGCUCUCCCAGGCCUCCUGACCGACACGCACCUAAACCUGUCUGCCUGCCACUUCUACCCUUCUCAGACUCCUUCCAGCCCGGCCUCACGUCCUUCGGGGGUUGGCGGGAUGGCACAUGGGCCCGGUGCCCUUUUGCCAACAGAAAUGCCCCUUCUGCUGUGUGAGUGGGUGUUUUGGUGCGGGGGGGCGCGUCCUUUAAGCGGCGGCAGGAGCCCCGGGGUCUUCGGGGUGGGAAAGCCGCGGAACCCGGCCUCUCCCGCACCCUCACCCGCCGCCAUGGACCUUUGUAGAUAAGGACCCAAAUCGCCGGGCCCACAGAGCCUCCCUCGCCUCCUUCCCGCCUCCAACCCAAGGGAUACGAGGUGGGCGUUGCUUGGUUUUCCGGGCCUGGUGACGGCAACUAGCCACAUUGCUGAGGGGAAUCCGGGUGGGAGGAACUGAGGGGGCGGGUGGACAGGGACAGAGGGGUGGGCCUCUGACCCUGAAAGCACCUCCCUUUCCCCCCAUCCCUGAAAACCCUGAAAUAUCACCUACAGGAAGGGACGGGGGGCCCAGAAGCCCACUGACUCAGCGGAGUGGGGAGGGGGUCAGUCAUAUCUACUGAGCACUUACUGUGUGCGGAGCACCGUGCUAAGCGCUUGGACCAGUCCAUGUAACAGACACAUUCCCUGCCCACGGUCCGCGCCCUUGGGAGCCCGGUGGGCUUCUUCAGUUCUUUAACCAACGGCAUCUCCCGAGCACCUACUGCGUACAGAGCACUACGCCGAGAGCUCGCGGGAUGACGGGGGGAGAAGAGAUGACCCCUGCCCUCCGGGGGCUCACCGUCCCGCUCUUCCGGGGUCACAAGGACACCCAGGGGGAGGCCGCAACUGGGGAAGGGGCACGGGGAGGGGGAGGCCUCACUCUCCUCCCGUCACACGCCUCGUCCCCACCUCCUCCCACCCCAACCCACCACCAUGGUGCCAGCAAAUCGGUUUGGGGCCUACCACCAGGCCUGCCGUCUCGCCAAGAGGACCAACACAACUGUGACAGACACACACACACUGUCUCCCACCCUUUCUCUCUACCUCUUUUGUCUUCCCUCUUCUGUCUCCCCCCACCUUUCUCCCUCCCUCCGUCGCUCUCUUUUUCUGUGUGUCUCUGUCCCUCUCCCCCCCCGCAACUUCCAACUGGGGUCUUUGGAGAGGACCCCUUCCCCCGCCAAUCCCCACCCCGUGUCCCUGCCCAGGAUAAGGGGACGACAUUUGAAGCGAGCGGUCCCCUCUUCCCCGACCAGCGCCGCCACUGUAGUCGGCAGGGGCUUUCCGACCCGCCGUUCCUGAAAGGUUUUUCCUGGUUGUACAGCUGCAAUAAAGGACUU